GUAUCGAGCAAUGGCAUUGAAGUAAUGACAUCAUUGAUAGACAGGCUGGGUCACGAUUUUCGUCCUUACUUACAAACUGUGUUACCGGCAGUCAUAGAUAGAUUAGGCGAUUCAAAAGAUACGGUCAGAGAGAAGGCACAGCUGCUGAUCCUUAAACUGCUCGAGCGUAACGUGCUCACACCCCAGACACUCCUCGAGAAACUUACGCCCGGAUUCACACACAAAAACGCGAAGAUUAGAGAGGAGGUUUUACGGUGCCUUGUAAAUACGUUAAAUGAACACGGAGCACAAUCAGUAACGCUCAGUAAGUUUAUAUCGUACAUAGUGAAGUUAUUAUCCGAUCCGACUGCGACCGUUCGAGAUACCGCCUUUAGUACUUUAGUCGACUUAUAUAAACACGUCGGCGAAAAAUUGAAAGUCGAUUUGCAAAGGCGCAACUUAGUUCCAAGUACGAGACUUCCCGCUUUACUUUUAAGAUUUGAUGAAGUUAAAAGUGCCGGUGAAUUACUUCCGACUGCGUGUUGUGCACUCGAUCUCGGAAUGGACGAAAUUGACAGGAUAUCUAUGCCAAAACCCGCCGUUCCAGUGAAGAAGGUUGGACUGCUAACGAGCGCGAGUAAGCGUACGGUUUCUGCGCCCAGCAAGAUGGCUGCAGGAGCGAGUGCUCCGAACUUGGCGACUGUAAGCAGAACUGGAUCGAUGCGGAAAGCCACUAGUGCAUCAGGAGCAGUGGACGAGAAGACCUUCACUUCUUCAUUCGAAGAGGUACCAAACACCCAAAUUUUCUCAGCAAGGGAACUGGGCGAGCAAAUGAAGGCAGUACAGGAAAUAAUUGCGGAUCCGAAUAAAGAAUGGUAUAAACGAGUGGAUGCGCUAAAAAAAGUAAGAGCGCUGGUCAUUGCGGGCGCUACAAAUUACGAGGAAUUCUACAUCAACCUACGUAAUUUGGAGAUUCCGCUUCAAGGCACACUAAAAGAUUUACGUUCGCAAGUAGUUAGGGAAGCUUGCAUAACGAUAGCGUAUUUAUCUCAAGUUAUCGGCAACAAAUUUGACCAUUGCUCAGAGUGCUUGUUAAACGGGCUGAUUAACCUCAUUCAAAAUUCAGCUAAAGUGGUCGCGACGGCUGGUAAUAUUACCGUUCGUUUCAUCCUGCAAUACACGCAACAUCACAGGUUAAUACCGAUUAUUACGACAAAUUUAGGUGGUUCCAAAAGUAAGGAGAUUCGACGAAGUUGCUGCGAAUUUUUGGAAUUAAUAUUAACUCAGUGGGCGACGCAUCCCCUAGAGAAACAUAUUAAUGUACUUCAGGAAGCUUUGCGGAAAGGUAUAGCCGAUGCCGAUCCCGAAGCUCGUGUUUGUUCACGAAGAGCAUUCCGUGGCUUUAAGGAUCACUUUCCCGAUCAAGCCGAAUCGCUUUUGCAAUCGUUGGAGCCCAGUUACCGCCGCGCCUUACAAGGGGAGUUGUGCCUCUCGAGCAGUUCAUCCAGCAACAGUUUGGCGCCGACUCCGGGUGUACGCACGCCUAGACAGUACCGAGUGCCUACGACGCCUCAAAGUGCUACAGGCAGUACAGAAAAUCUCUACAGUGGUGGAUUGCAGAGGGUUCCAUCAUUGCCUAGAAGCUAUAGACAACGUAGCUCUAUACCUGUUCUCUCCAGAGACAAUUCCAAAAAAGGAUUCCGAAGCAAUUCUGCCAUAGACUUGCAAGCCGCGCAAAGAGCGAAAGCGCGUGCGCAAUAUUCCGCAAUGACCCGACAAAAAGUCGCUUUCGGCACAGCGAGUUUACAGGGAGAGGUUGCGCAGCAAGCGCGCCCGAAAAGGACAGAAUUAGCGGCGAUGCAGUCUCCUGAAAGACUGGGUAGAACGAGAAGUCGAAAUGCGCAGGUGUCACAUUCACAACCAACAAGCCGUUCCGGUUCACCAAGUUCACGACUUCCGUACCUGUACAGUAGAACAGAUCACGAUUCGCCGAGACCGCGUCGACUGUCCUCCGGUAUACCACGCUCGACAACAGGCUCACGUGAUACAUCGCGCGAAACCAGCCCCACACGUGGCUCCAGCUUGAGCAGGCUGCGAGGGGCAAACGAUCGUCCACCUCUCAGUCCGGCAUCGCGUCCGGUCAUGGCCCAGAAGAUUUUACAGCAAAGUAGGGAGGCGGAAAGUGCUUUCGCUGACGCUUUUUUUACGCAGACGGAUUCGAGCGAGUACCACCGACUACAGAGUCCAAGGAAGGGUAUGAGAUCUUUGGAGAAUCACUCGGAUGAUUCGGAAACGUCAAGUUUGUGUUCGGAAAAAUCGUUUGACUCCUAUCGAAGGCCCAGCGAUUCGUACUCUUGGAGUGGUUCUCAGCAGCGUUUAGCCAGCAGGGACAUGUGGGAACCCUGCCGAGAUAUCAACGAAAUUAUACAGAUGUGCACGAGUACAGUAUGGCAAGAACGGAAAGAUGGAUUGGUGUCACUUCGUCACUAUCUGAAUUCUGGUUCGAACCUAACCUCCGCCGAAUUGAAACAUAUUACCGAAAUAUUUACGAGAAUGUUUAUGGAUUCUCAUACGAAAGGCUUGUGUGUUUUUCUCGAUACCGUGAACGAACUUAUAAAACGCCAUAAGAACGAAUUACACGAUUGGUUAUAUGUGUUAUUGCAACGCAUAUUUCAUAAGUUAGGGACCGAUCUGCUUAGUUCCACUCACGCAAAAUUACUGAACACCUUAGAUAUAAUUAAGAAGAAUUUUCCCGUACAGUUGCAAUUAGCUUGUGUGUAUAGAUUUCUAGUGGACGCGACGCAAACGCCAAACAGUAAAGUGAAAGUAGCAGUUUUAACGUUUUUAACUUCAUUGUGUCAUAUGAGUGAACCGAAUCAGUUCGUUUCGAAACCUCCCGCCAUUCAAGCGCUUCAAAAAAUUAUAGGCUACGCUCAAGACUUCAAAUCCGUAGAAAUUAGGCAAGCCGCAAAGAACGCUUUCGUCGCCUUAUGGAAUUGCAACACGCAGCAGGUUAUAUUAAUGCUGUCCGAACUGCCGAAGGAGCAGCAGGAAGUCGCAUCGACGAUUGCGCAUAAUCAUCUCAGGAAGAGUUCGACGGGAAGCGAACCCGGCAGUCCGCUCGUGGCCAGCAGUCCGAAAGCUCUCUCACCUACCACGCUUCCUGGACGAGUUGACGAUUUUAAUCGUGAAGAGAUUUUUAAGAGUCUGCAAAAAACCACGGCAGAAAUUCAGAAUUAUAGUUACGAAACUUUAGGUUCUAAGUUAGACAAGGAUAGAGACACCACAUCACAAGAUUCGGGAAUUUCACAAAUGUCACUCGGAAACGAUAUCAAGAGUGACGUAAUAACGCUAGAGGAAAGAAUGGAGGAAUUAACAAUUCGGCCUAACUACGUGAGCCAGACCGGCUGCCGAUCUUUGCCGUAUUCGCUUAACGGAAUAGAGACGAAUUUGAACGGCUACAGUGGUACAUUAGAUGAGGCGGACAAUGAGGAAUUAAUUAAAAAAAUUCUACAAGUCUGUUUGGUGGACAAUCCUGCAUCUGUGACCGAUAAGCAGAAGUUAUUGUCUCAGUUAGUGCUUUUAAUUAAAAAGGGUCAAGUUGAUGCCAUUAUACCGCAAUUUAAGAAAUUGUUGCGCGUGCUCAUUGAUAAUCUGGACGUGCCCGACUGUAAUACUCAGGUCAUCGUGCUUGAGGUUUUCGCGGAAAUAUUUAAAAAUGAUAAUAUGAGACAGUGUUGGAGCAACUUCGUCGAGUUGCUUACGUUGCGAGUUUUAAAUGCUCAUUGCUCAGAUAAGCGAGAGGUUGUGAAAGCGGCUGAACUUACUGCGGCCGCAAUGAGCGUGUUUCCAUUCAACGCCAUUAUAAGUGUGUUAUCUCCUCUUAUACACACGAGCGCUUGUCCCACAAUACAGGGCGCAAUCAAAAUGUUAACAAAACUUAUAGAAGUCCAUCCGCUGGAGGUGACGGAUGAUCACUUGGGAAGUGUCAUGCCAGGACUUAUAAAGGCAAAUGACCACGAGGAAAGCGCUGUGCGAAAAAGCGCAGUUUUUUGUAUGGUUGCGUUGCACAAGGCUGUAGGAGAAGAAAGACUGGCCCCGUACAUCACAUCAUUGACGGGUAGUAAACUAAAGUUACUUCGACUAUAUAUAGAAAGAGCGCAUUCAAUACAGAGUAGCCCAAAAAAUUCUGCUAAUUCGCAUAACUCUUUAAGCUAGUUUAAUUAGAAGUUAAAAAAUGUGGCGUAUUUGUGAAUUGAAAAACGGACUUAAUUUUCUUUCGAUUUUACGUUAAUUUGACGUAUUUAUUUAUACGGUGAAUGUUGUAGAUAUUCGGAUGUUUUUUUGUUAUCGCGAAUGGAAAGAUGUGAUUAUGAAGAUCUGCAUGAAUUUUAUUGAAUGUUAUCGCUAAAUUACAGUUCAUUUAAAAAAAAAGUACCUACUAAUUACAUUGCUUAUACAUUUUUAAAUUACACAGCAUUAGUUGUAAUAUUUAGUAUAACAAAAAUAUUGAUCGUUGUAGUAUGUUACUGUUAAAUGAGUUGAUACUUUUAACAUUUUAAUCUACAUGUAUAUGCAGUUAUGUAACUUUUAAUGUCUGCUUAAUUUUUACCAUGCCAAUUUCGUUUUAAUUUCAAUUGUAUAAUUCCUCCUGUAUAGCCCUAAUACAAUUUUAUAAAAUU